UAGAAAAUAGUGUGUACUUUGAUAUUCGAUAAACGUUUAUUAUUAUAAAUUCUAGUCAAAAAACAUAAUAAAAUAAUUGUUAUAACAUAAAAAACAUAUACAGUAAUAUUACUAGAUUAUAAAUUUGAUAUAUUACUAACAUAAAUAUGAAUCGAUUAGGAAUGCAUGAUGCUUUGAAACAAAUAGCUUCCUUAGAAGGUAAAUGGAGUACAGACAAAAAUAAUUAUGGAUUAGGUACAUUUCCAACAAUAAAACCAUUUACCUAUUGUGAAGAAAUAACUUUUACAUCCAUUGGUCAGCCAAUGUUCAACUACGUUGCACAGAGUUGGGAUUCUGUAUCAAAGAAACCAUUGCAUCGUGAAGUUGGUUUCAUGAAAGUUAUACCAGGAACAAACAAAGUAUCUUUACUUUUGGCACAUAAUUUUGGAUUGACCACAAUUGAGGAAGGUACAAUCACAGAUAAUAUUAUUAAUUUAAAAAGCACUGGAAUUACAAGACCAUGUGAAGGAAUAAAAUUAUCUAAUGUAAUCGAGACAUGUAGAAAAUUCGAAAUUAAUGGAAAUUCACUUAAGCAUAUAUUUUAUAUGGCUACCUCGACCGUACCAGAGUUAACAGAACACUUAUGUAUAACAUAUACCAAAAUUGCAAAAGAAUCAGAUGAAUAAAAAUAAUGUAUUAUUCUAAAUUUUAUAAAUAAAUAAUGGUAAGUAUAAUUAAUAUUGAAACUUUUAAAACUACAUAGAACAAUUAUGAUAAAAUAUAUUAGUUUAUCUAA